GGGCGAGAGCCCGGCGGGCCGCGGAGCCCUUGCCCACGACGCAUGCGCCGGGAGGGAGCGCAAUCACGGACUCGGCUGGCGGCUACGGGCUGGAGAGAGGAAACCCCGGCCGGCGAGAGCGCGAAGGAAAUCUGGCCGCCGCCGCGCGCGCGCUCCCGUGGAAGAAAAGCACGAGAAGAAACUUUUACAGGCAUUGUUGAUUUGACUAGGGACCGACCCCGGAAAUCACAGGAAAGAGUUCCGAUGGUCAGUUCUACAGAGGAAGGCCUUGAACCCGUGGCUUUUGGAGAUUCCGUUCUAAAGAUCUAAAAGGUGAAAAAGGAGAAGUACAAAUGUCUACCACAAGACGAAAACAUAAUGUGUUAUGUUGUUUACCAUAAGCUGUAGUAAAAUGAGCUCAAUUGUUGACAGAGAUGACAGUAGUAUUUUUGAUGGAUUGGUGGAAGAAGAUGACAAGGACAAAGCAAAAAGAGUGUCUAGAAACAAGUCAGAAAAGAAGCGUAGAGAUCAGUUCAAUGUUCUCAUUAAGGAGCUGGGCUCUAUGCUGCCUGGUAACGCGAGGAAGAUGGACAAGUCCACUGUUCUGCAGAAGAGCAUUGACUUUUUACGAAAACAUAAAGAAAUCACUGCACAGUCAGAUGCUAGUGAAAUUCGACAGGACUGGAAACCUACAUUCCUUAGUAAUGAAGAGUUUACACAAUUAAUGUUAGAGGCUCUUGAUGGUUUUUUUUUAGCGAUCAUGACAGAUGGAAGUAUAAUAUAUGUGUCUGAGAGUGUAACUUCAUUACUUGAACAUUUACCAUCUGAUCUUGUGGAUCAAAGUAUAUUUAAUUUUAUCCCAGAGGGAGAACAUUCAGAGGUUUAUAAGAUACUCUCUACUCAUCUGCUGGAAAGUGACUCAUUAACCCCCGAGUACUUAAAAUCAAAAAAUCAGUUAGAAUUCUGUUGUCACAUGCUUCGAGGAACAAUAGACCCCAAGGAGCCAUCCACCUAUGAAUAUGUGAGAUUUAUAGGAAAUUUUAAAUCAUUAAACAGUGUGUCCACUUCAGUGCACAAUGGCUUUGAAGGAACUAUACAGCGCACACAUAGGCCUUCUUAUGAAGAUAGAGUUUGUUUUGUAGCUACUGUCAGGCUAGCUACACCUCAGUUCAUCAAGGAAAUGUGUACUGUUGAAGAACCCAAUGAAGAGUUUACGUCUAGACACAGUUUAGAAUGGAAGUUUCUAUUUCUAGAUCACAGGGCACCACCUAUAAUAGGCUAUUUGCCAUUUGAAGUGUUGGGAACAUCAGGCUAUGAUUACUAUCAUGUGGAUGACCUAGAAAAUCUGGCAAAAUGUCAUGAGCACUUAAUGCAGUAUGGAAAAGGCAAAUCAUGUUAUUAUAGGUUCCUGACCAAAGGACAGCAGUGGAUUUGGCUUCAAACUCAUUAUUAUAUCACUUACCAUCAGUGGAAUUCAAGGCCAGAGUUCAUUGUUUGCACUCACACUGUAGUAAGUUAUGCAGAAGUUAGGGCUGAAAGACGGCGAGAACUUGGCAUUGAAGAGUCUCUUCCUGAGGCAGCUGCUGACAAAAGCCAAGAUUCUGGAUCUGACAAUCGUAUAAAUACAGUCAGUCUCAAGGAAGCCCUGGAAAGGUUUGAGCACAGCCCAACUCCUUCUGCCUCCUCUAGAAGCUCAAGAAAGUCAUCUCACACAGCAGUCUCAGACCCUUCCUCAACUCCGACAAAGAUCCCUACUGAUACUAGCACUCCUCCCAGACAGCAGUUGCCAGCUCAUGAGAAGAUGGCACAGCGGAGGUCAUCCUUCAGCAGUCAGUCCAUAAAUUCCCAGUCUGUUGGUCCAUCAUUAACACAGCCAGUGAUGUCUCAAGCUACAAAUUUACCAAUUCCACAAGGCAUGUCACAGUUUCAGUUUUCAGCUCAGUUAGGAGCCAUGCAGCAUCUAAAAGACCAACUGGAGCAGCGGACACGGAUGAUCGAGGCAAAUAUUCAUCGGCAACAAGAAGAACUAAGGAAAAUUCAAGAACAACUUCAGAUGGUCCAUGGUCAAGGGCUGCAGAUGUUUUUGCAACAAUCAAACCCUGGAUUGAAUUUUGGUUCUGUUCAACUUUCCUCUGGAAAUUCUAAUAUCCAUCAACUUACACCUGUAAAUAUGCAAGGCCAAGUUGUCCCCGCUAACCAGAUCCAAAGUGGGAUGAACCCUGGACAUAUCAGCACCAACCAGCACAUGAUGCAACAACAGACUUUACAGAGUACUUCAACUCAGCAGAGUCAACAGAAUGUAAUGAGUGGACACAGCCAGCAAACAUCUCUUCCCAAUCAGACGCCAAGCACUCUCACAGCGCCACUGUACAACACAAUGGUGAUUUCUCAGCCUGCUGCUGGGAGCAUGGUCCAGAUUCCAUCUAGUAUGCCACAGAACAGUACCCAGAGUGCCACAGUAACCACGUUCACUCAGGACAGACAGAUAAGAUUUUCUCAAGGUCAGCAACUUGUGACCAAAUUAGUAACUGCUCCUGUAGCUUGUGGGGCCGUCAUGGUACCAAGUACCAUGCUCAUGGGCCAGGUGGUGACUGCCUAUCCUACCUUUGCCACACAACAGCAGCAGGCACAGACAUUGUCGGUAACUCAACAGCAGCAGCAGCAACAGCAGCAGCAGCAGCAGCAGCAGCAGCAGCAGCAGCAGCAGCAGCAGGGUUCCCAGGAACAGCAGCUUCCUUCAGUUCAGCAACCAUCUCAGGCUCAGAUGACCCAACCUCCACAGCAGUUCUUACAGACGUCUAGGUUGCUGCAUGGGAACCCGUCCACACAGCUCAUCCUCUCCGCUGCCUUUCCACUGCAACAGAGCACCUUCCCCCCUUCACAGCACCAGCAGCACCAGCCUGGUCGGCACAGGACUGACAGCCUCACGGACCCCUCCAAGGUCCAGCCACAGUAGCACACACGCGUCCUCUCUGGCACUACAGAGGAAGGCGAUGGCCAGAAGGAGAUGCUCGGAUGACAUACGGUUUGAAGUUCAGCAGUUUCGUGAGAGUAGUCUGAGUGUUCCAGUUCCUGGAUUAGUCGGUAGGGAAAUGCUGCCCUGUGCUACAGAUGUACAUUAAAUACCAGCCAGCGGGAGAUGAUUAGAGGGACACAGCCAAUUUUGACAGUUUCUUUGACCAGAUAUUUUUUGAUGGAGAAAGAGUAUAUUGCCAAAUGCUAACAAGCUCAACUAUCAAUCAUGACCUUCACGGAACCAGAAAAGCACUAACAGUGUUGGUGUUCUGUGCCUGGUAUCAGAUGUUACAGAGGACGCACCACUGCCAGGGUUUGCUUAGAUGCCAUGAAGAUAGUCCAGUAGUUAGUAGUCCUCGUCCCGAACUCCUCGCCUUGUUCAGAUAAUGAUGGAAUGGCCCUUAAUUUCAGAAUUUUGCGCAAGUUUGAGAUCUCUGUGUACAGAUUCUAUAUAGAUGUGUGUAUGUCUGGAUGAAGGAGAGAAAACAAACUUGGUGUAUGUGGCAUGAAAGCAUUGUCUGUCCCUCACAGGAACGAGUACAUUUCAUUAGAUUUUGACACCAUGUACAAACUGAUAGCAGCCUCUUGUUUUUAUUUUGUUUACAACACAGCAGUGUUCUGGCCACUUUUCCCAUGGUGCCAGUCUUCUGUUCGUGCUUUUGCUAUGAUGUCACAGUUUGUUAGUGAGGGUCAGCGUGCUGCUGGGAAUGGAGUGCUUUCAGGUUUAAUUAUUGCUACAUUUCCAUUUAUUCAGAAAUAUCCCUUAUUUCAUUAUUUUUCAAUUAUGUUUGAAAAUAGAAUUGCACUGCUUUAUUUUAGAUGGUUGCUUGAGAGUUUGAUCACAUAUUUUGAUAUAUUUCAUAGUUGGAAUAUUUAUGUAAAUGGUUUUCAACAAGCCUGAAAGUGAUUUCAAGAAUGUUUCAGUUAUAAGAGUAAAAUUUGCACACAAAACAUUUUAGGCACUUUUUAACAUUCUCAAUGGUGGGAAUUUUAACUUUUAGGGUUUGUUGGAAUCUUUUUAUUAUCCUUAAAAAUUUCAAUGCUUCUUUUAGUCAGAAAUGAUUCAGGGUUAUUUGAGGGGGGGAAAACCCAUAGUGCCUUGAUUUUAAUCAGGUGAUAACUCACCAUCUUGAACUCAUUGUCUGGUUUCAGUAGCAGUUUUGAAACCUUAGUACAUUUUUAGCAGCAUGUGGGUCUCAGUGUCAUUCUCACGUUCCCAUGAAGACUGCUGUGUCUCCUGGACUGCCCUAGCAGUAUCAUAGUUGUUCAUGUAACCCCAAAAUUGUUUCAAAAUUAGUAUCUUCCUUUAAAGCUAAGUAGUCCUUUAAGAAUUACCAGUAAAUACUUGAUCAGAGAAAGGGUACAAACUGUCUUUAACCUUCAUCGCAACACUAGAAUGUUGUAACUCACAUGCUUUCUAAACAUGAAUUAAGAUUUCAUUUGGCAAUAGCAUACUCUACAGGUCAUAAACUCCAACAGAAUUAUAUACAUUUUAAAAAGCAUUUUGAAGACUUUAUGGUACUAAUAAUGAAAUUUGCAGUUAUAGAACAAAAGGUAAGUAGAAUAU